AUGGCGGUCAAAGCGGCAUUCAUCGGAGCGUGCGGCGCUACCUUGCGGCAUGUGCUAGCAUGGACAUUACUCGAUGGCCACAAAGCAGCUGCUCUUGUUCGAGAUCUGUCGAAAUUGAAAAAGACUCUCUUGGAUCUCGGCGUAUCUGAAGAGAUCCAACAGUCACAGCUCAUCGUUGUCACAGGAUCAUCUCGCGAUGUUUCCACCGUCCGCAGCCUUCUUCUCAACGACCCCGAGAUCAUUUUCAGUGGCAUCACAAGCACUUGGAAACUCCGAUUCAAUCCGUUCCACCCGAUUGCUAUGAAUGAUGCCACGAUCACCGGCGACUCUGCUGCUGCGGUGAUGCAGGCGUUAAAAGAUCUUGUUUCUACCAACAGCAUCUCAAAUUCACCGAUCUACGCCCCAAUAUCAUCGACUGGACAUGGCUCUCGUCGUGAUCAACCGCUUAGCCUCAUCCCGCUCUAUUGGUGGUUGUUGAAAGAGGCUCAGACCGACACUGCAGCUCUUGAGCGUGUUACUCGUGAGGCAGCGACGCAGAAGGACUCUGGUCUCGGUGGUUAUGUGAUGCUUCGACCUCCAUUGUUGACAGAUGAGGAGAUGAAAGGGACAAAGAAAGUACGUGUUGGGUGGAUUUGGGAAGAUGAUGUUUUGAGAAAGAGUGAUGAGCGAGAAACUGGUGUUCAAAUUGGGUACACUAUCAGCAGGUUGGACUUGGCAAGAUGGAUGUUUGAAGAGCUUAUCCAAAGGAAUGUCCAGAGUUGGAACGGGAAGUGCGUAAACUUGGUAUGCUGA